AGUGAACUUGCUGGUUUCACACACGGCACACAAAACGGAUUAAUUCUCUCUACCAUGAGACUAUUGGGUAUCGCCAGUCUCUGUGCCCUGAUCCUCCUGGCUCAUGCCGAGGAUGCCAAGAAGGUGACGGAGACAGACAGCAAGCCAGCAGAGAGCGAGAAGAAGCAGGAGAAGCGCGGUCUGCAUGGCUUUGGGUCUGGCUAUGGAGGAGGAUCCCAUGAUUUUGGUGGUGGAUUCGAGAGUCACGGAUUCGGUGAUGGAGGACAUGGAGGAGGACACGAUUUCGGUGGCCAUGAUUUCGGUGGUCACGAUUUCGGUGGUCACGAAUCCCACCAUCAUCACGAGAAAACCAUCACGGUGGUGAAGAAGGUUCCAGUUCCAUACCCCGUCACCAAGCACGUCCCAGUACCAGUGGAGAAACAUGUGCCAGUGCCAGUGAAGGUUCCUGUUCCCCAUCCAUACCCCGUUGAGAAGGUCGUACACUAUCCCGUUAAGGAAAUCGUCAAAGUGCCCUACAAGGUGCCCCAGCCCUACCCAGUGGAGAAGAAGGUCCCAGUGCCAGUUCAUGUCCACGUUGAGCGUCCCGUACCCGUCAAGGUCUUCGUGCCACAGCCCUACCCUGUGGAGAAGAAGGUCCAUGUUCCGGUGAAGGUGCCCGUCCCAGCCCCAUACCCCGUUGAGAAGAAGGUCCCAUACCCAGUGAAGGUGCCCGUUCACGUACCCAAGCCCUACCCAGUUGAGAAGAUCGUCCAUGUGCCCUACAAGGUGCCCGUUGACCGUCCAGUGCCCGUUCAUGUGCCCAAGCCUGUGCCCGUGCACGUUGAGAAGCCUGUGCCCUACCCCGUUGUCAAGAAGGUCCCCGUGCCCGUUCAUGUUCAUGUCGACCGACCAGUUCCUGUGCACAUUGAGAAGCCUGUGCCCGUUCAUGUGAAGGUACCUGUGCCCCAUCCCUACCCAGUGGAGAAGCACAUCCCUGUGCCAGUUGAGAAGGUCGUGCCCUACCCUGUCAAGGUGCCCGUUGCGCAUCCCGUUCCCGUGCACAUUGACAAACACGUUCCUGUCUACCAUGAGAAGCACGUGCCCUACCACGUAAAGGUCCAUGUGCCCGUGCAUCACGAGGAACAUCAUGAGGAACAUGGCCAUGGCCUUUCCUCCUCCCUGUCUGACCACUCCCUGGACUUUGGUGGUCACAGUGGAGAAUCUGGCAGUGAUCACGACUUCGAGGGUCUCUCCGGUGGCUAUGAACACCAUCAGGAGCACCAUGACUUCGGGGGUCACCACCACUAGGGCUGUCAACCAAUUGUGAUUUUGUCUUCUCUUCCAAAAAACAAACCCUUUCUUAUCUAGAUCAUCCCCCCCAUACAACUCAGUACCUAUUUAAACCAUCAUUGAGCCCCCAUUCUUUCGAAUUUCGCGUACGACUGUGCUGCAAAAGCGAAGAAAAAAGUCCUCUUUUUUUCGUGUAAAAUAAUUUUGUAAAACUGUUUUAUUUUUGUAUAGUUAAUUAUAAAAAUAGUAUUUUGUUUUUUGUAAUAAAACAAGACACUGAAAAUACCAAACAAAA